UAAAUCAUCCCUUAAAAUAGCCCAGAAGAGGUGCAUAGGUUCCUUCACGAUGAAAGACUAUCCUGAUAAAAAAGGCAAAAUAUAACGUAUGGAUUUAUGCUACAGUAGUUUAUGCUACACACUUUCUCAGGCAAGGUACGAAGCGGCCCAGACUAGGGGACCUCAGGUUCUUACAUUGGUUGGAGCUGCCUAUGCGGAUUGAUCGCAGUGCAGAUUCAGGAAUCGCAGUUCGCGGCAGCCAUUUUCCGGGUCUUCAGUAAUCUGAGACUGAGACAGGGGAAGCAGUGCAUGCACAGUUGGAGCAAUUUCCCGGUUGGAGACAACUGCGAAUGCCCCGAAAUGGACGGAAAUUGCAGAAAUUAUGGACAAAGACCCGGAAGAUGGCUGCCGUGAACUGCAAUCCCGGAAUCUGCACCGAGGGGAUUUGAGAGAGAGUGUUGCAAUGAUUUCCCGGAUAUUCAGCUGCCUUUUCCUCCCAAUCGUGUUGGUUUCACUUGUUGGCUGUGUCUGUGCUAGGAGGGGCCAGGAUGUACAUUGUGGAGCAUGCCGUGCGCUUGUUGAUGAGCUAGAGUGGGAAAUAUCACAGGUGGAUCCCAAAAAGACAAUCCAAAAAGGAUCUUUUCGCAUAAACCCUGAUGGAACGCAGUCAGUUAUUGAGGUACCAUAUGCAAGGUCAGAAGCACAUCUAAUGGAGGUACUUGAGCAAAUAUGUGAGAAAAUGACAGAAUAUGGGGAGAAAAUAGACCCAACAACAGAACGCAAAAUGUACGUUCGUGUUUUGUCUCGCGAUGGCAAAAAAAUGGAUGCAUCUGGGAUCAACAUUGACGGAGAAGUGACAUCAAACUUGAAAUUUACUUGUGAACGUAUUGUGGAGGAAUAUGAGGAUGAACUGAUUGAAUUCUUCUCUCAUGAAAGAGAAAAUGUAAAAGACAAAUUGUGCAGCAAACGUACAGAUUUAUGUGACCAUGCUGUGCAUAUAGCUCACGAUGAACUUUGAUCUGCUGUAGCCUUUAUCCUUUUCUUUUGGACCAUGGAGCUUCACUUGUUUACAAUGGACAAAAUAAGAAUCUUAAUGUGAACAGGGAUGUAGAACAAUUUUGUUAUAUUUUUUACAUUAAAAAACUUAAGUACUUUGCAUCAGCUUGUGGAUGUUUGUGCUCCUAAAAGAACACAAGGAUUAUCAUUUCCAUUUACUGCUAUUCAGUUAAAAACGGGUAGGUAUUAAGUGAUGUGGGAUGGUUUAAAAAUUGAUUCAGAAAGCCUUAAAAAAAAAUUGCUUUAAAAAUCCAUUUUUUUCUAUACCUCUGAAAAAUGUAUACAUUUUCUAUAUAUCUUCUAAUUUCACUGACCAAGCUUUCAGUAAGUGAAACUUUUUCAGGCCUCUGCACACAGCAAAUGGUUUCUUCUUUUGAGUUGCUGUAACAGAUACAAUGUUUUCACAUUAAGGCUGACUGUAACCAUAAAUAAAUAGUGCAUGUUUCUUGUA